AUGGAUACAAAUCGACUUUCUAAUCAAUGGGCUAUUAAUAUCAGGCAAAGUUUAAAUGAAGAACAGAUCGUACAAAUACUUACGAAAGCCAAAAUAGAUAGUAUAGUUAAGUUUUUUUCGUUUUAUAAUUCAAAUUCUCCAAAAAAAGAAUCACUUGAAUUAAUAAACACAAUUUCCACUACUGCCACAGUACCACUUUACAGGCAUAUCCGAUCCAAUAUCAAAGGACUUCUUGUUAAAGGAAUAAGCGAUUUAAUGAAGAUGCCAGAUAAAUAUAUGGACAAAGUAAUACAUUAUUUUGAAGAGAACCAAGAAGAUAUGCUUAUUUUCUCCCACCUUUCCUUCCCGCAAAUCUUCUAUUCCUUUUUAACAAAAGAAUUAUUAGAAGCUGCUUAUUUAUUCAUCAUGGAAGUAUACAAACACGACAACAAAACACUCUUCCAGCACAUUUUAAUCGGAUUCAUUGACAGUUUCCCAGAUUUUAUCCAAAAUAUUUUAACAAUUUACAAAAAAUACAUACUCGAGAAGCACAGUCCCAUCAAUGCUUUCAUACGUGCAAUAUCAGAAUCGUAUUAUUUCUUAACAAAUUUCCAUGAUAAAAUUUUUCAUCAAUGUUUCAACGAAUUUCCCGAAAUACUUCUUACGGUUCUCUUCAAAAUGUACUUUCCGUUGUAUUUCCCUACAGAAAGAUCGAAUUCAUUCAACAAUCCUCUGUUAUUAAAAUCAAAUCAGCAACUACUCAAAGUUUUUGAAUACAUUGUAAGCCAUCCGAAAUCUCCGAUUACCCUUACCAUUAUUUCAGCCAUGAAAUCAGAAAAUUUUGAUUCUCGCCGUCAAAUUUUAUUAAAUGACGAUUUAGGACAGUCAAUUGUUUACGCGGUCAUAUCACCCAAAGAGGCCUACAUCUUCGCGAACAUAUUCAAGCAAUGUGACGUCAUCAAAUUCCCUACUUCAAGAAAUCAACAAAUUGUUCCAAAAGAAUUGCUGAAUAACUUAACUUGCUGCUUCGUAAACUACUCAAUCAACUCUGUAUAUGACAAUCCUACACCGAAAUCUCCAUCGCAGCCAUCAGAAAACAAAAAUAAUUAUUCUGAAGAAGAAAUGCAGUCAUUUCGAUGCGCUUUGUCAAAACUCAAACACGUGGCAACUAAGAAUCGCACUACAAUACAGUAUUUAGUCAAUAAUCCUCAAAAAGGCGAAGUUUUGAAACAAAUUAAUUCAAUUUUGUCAACUCCAGGGUUAACAGACUAUUUAAAGGAGUAUUUCGCACAGGUCGAAGCAGAACAGAACAAAGUACUCCGCAAUUCCAUAAUUUGGCACUCAAAUUUCCAAAAAUUUAUUUCAAAUUUUGAAUCUUUUAAUUUUGAUAUAAUUAUGAACCUCGGAGACCACAUUUACAAGGUUAUAGAAUCCGACCAUCUUGUUUCCACCAACAAAGAGCAAAUUUUAGUUCCACUUUUGACGAACAAAAAAUUUUUAGAAAAAUACCACAAAAAUGUUUGUCAGAACGAACCAGAAAACAAGCAAACGACCAUCAUCAAAGAAACAAACAAUAUGAAGGAACUAAGUUUGGACGUAUCCAUCCAGCUCUCCAUUAUUCCAAACAGUGAUUCAAAUAUUAUGUUUUUGAUGUUGACUUCAUUUGUCACUUUUUAG